AUGGCGGAGAGUACUAUUGACGACUAUUCCGACUAUCUCACAACCUAUUUUGUGCGGCGGUAUCCCACCGUCGGAGCUCCGUUCGCUUGUGCCGCCUCUUCUACGCCGUCGUCUCCGCCUCACGUCCAUGUCCGCUUCUCUCACCACACAGUUGACGACAGCGACGAUGGAGAAUACGAGGUGGAAUCACGAACCAUAUGCCUGAGCGACGACGUGUUGGCGGAGGGAUCGGGAGACGAAUGUCGGAGUUUCAUCUUCUCCGAAGGGCUGUGUUACUGGCCUAUCGACGCCGACACCGUACUGGACAUCGCCGACGAGGUGGCCGUGAAAGCGUUGCUGUUUAAGUGUGAUCUUCGGGUUGACAUAUGGUCGGUUCACGUACGAAGUUCCGACGAUGUUCAAGAAACGUACGAGGAUGAUCGAGAUUUUGGAGAUGCGGCGCGGGGAGUAAAUGGCGGCGCCGCCGCCUCCGAUGGCGGUUUCACAGUGAAGUCGUUAAAGAGGAAGAGAAUAGAGGAAGGCGGUAAUUGUUGCGUUAUUUGCUUGGAGGAAUUAACGGCGGGGAGAGAUGUGGCUGUGUUGCCGUGCAGCCAUCACUCUUUUCACAACGACUGUCUCUCAUCUUGGCUGGAGAGAAGCCCUUCCUGCCCUCUCUGCCGUCGCAAGAUGUCUACUGCCACCGUCGCCGCCGCGGCGGAUUCUCGUUCUUAA